GUUCUCAGCUCUCUCUCUCUCUCUCUCUCUCUCUCUAACUACCCGUUACCCAUUUCUCCCUCCAAAUAGAUCUCAUGAAUCCCUCCUCUCCACAGAUCCACUCCUCCUCCUCCGAUCCCCCUCCCCGAACCCUAGCCUAACCCUAACCCUAAACCUACCCGAUUCCCUCUCCUUCCGCGCAGAUCCGGCCCCGAUCCCCGAUCCACAUUGUUCCCGGCGGCGGCGGCGGCGGCGGCGGAGGCGGAGGAGGUGGCGGAGAUGAGCGGGAGAAGCGUCUCGUCGUCGUCCGCAGCGGCGGCGGCGGCGGCGGGGGGGAGUGGGAGGCUCUUCACGAUCGGGCUCGUGGCGGCGUGGUACUCGUCCAACAUCGGGGUCCUCCUCCUCAACAAGUACCUCCUCAGCAACUACGGGUUCAAGUACCCGAUCUUCCUCACCAUGUGCCACAUGGCCGCGUGCUCCCUCCUCAGCUACGUCGCCAUCGCCUGGCUCAAGCUCGUCCCCAUGCAGGCCGUGCGCUCCCGGCUCCAGCUCCUCAAGAUCGCCGCGCUCAGCCUCGUCUUCUGCGGCUCCGUCGUCAGCGGCAACAUCUCCCUCCGCUACCUCCCCGUCUCCUUCAACCAGGCCGUCGGCGCCACCACGCCCUUCUUCACCGCCGUCUUCGCCUACAUCAUGACCGUCAAGCGCGAGGCCUGGAUCACCUACGUCACGCUCGUCCCGGUCGUCACCGGCGUCAUCAUCGCCAGCGGAGGAGAGCCAAGUUUUCAUUUGUUUGGUUUUAUUAUGUGUGUUGGUGCAACUGCUGCUAGGGCACUUAAGACAGUAUUGCAAGGCAUUCUACUUUCCUCUGAGGGGGAGAAGCUUAAUUCUAUGAAUCUUCUGCUCUACAUGGCUCCAAUAGCUGUACUUCUACUACUUCCUGCUACAAUAUUUAUGGAGGAAAAUGUGGUUGGCAUCACAGUGGCACUUGCUAGAGAAGAUUUCAAGAUUAUUUUGUACCUUCUAUUUAACUCUUGCUUGGCGUACUUUGUGAAUUUGACAAAUUUCUUGGUCACCAAACAUACUAGUGCGUUGACUCUUCAGGUUCUCGGGAACGCAAAAGGCGCUGUCGCAGUUGUUGUCUCGAUUCUAAUAUUUAGGAACCCAGUAUCUGUGACAGGAAUGCUAGGUUACACCCUCACGGUCAUUGGUGUCGUUCUGUAUAGUGAAGCCAAGAAGCGCAACAGAUGAGAUCCACAUAUAGGAAUGUGGUGGAUGGGAGUACAUACGCCGCUUUUCAUUCCCUGUGAGUGGCGGAAGCUGCUGGAAGCUUCUAGAAGCUGGAUACUAGUUCCAAUCUCUGUGCCGCUAAUGCAAGUUGGGAUGUCAUUCUUUGCUGUGAUCAGCCGGUGAAGAAGCCUGAAUAAAUUAACUUCUAAGCUCCAAUUUUUUCGUUCUUUGGAUCCAGUAAGUAUUCUUACCCCCUCAUCUACGGUAUGAUUAUUUAUAGGUAAUUUUUGCAGAUUAUUCUUUUGCCAUUGGAGAGAAGGUAUUAUUAUUCAUAUUUAACAAUGCCUUUCAAAAAUGAAUGAAAAAAUGUCCUCUCUAAAAAAUUUUCUUGUUGAUGUAAUUGUAUUUGUUACUUAACCCUCCUAUGAAUUUUGUUACUACGUAUGUUGUUAUUUUUGUGCUUUCC